AUGAUGGAAGAGCCCGGGAAGCUGAAACGAGCAUUGAUAGAUGCUACGGCAGGGGCGAUCUCCGGCGGUGUGUCUCGUACAGUAACGUCUCCAUUAGAUGUCAUUAAGAUCAGAUUCCAGGUUCAGCUGGAACCCACUUCAUCAUGGGCCUUGCUACACAAAGAUGUAUAUGUAAGAUCGAAAUAUACUGGGAUGUUGCAAGCAACCAAAGACAUCUUUAGAGAGGAAGGUUUCCGGGGUUUCUGGCGUGGUAAUGUCCCAGCUCUUCUUAUGGUUAUGCCAUAUACUUCCAUACAAUUCACAGUGUUGCAUAAAUUGAAGACAUUUGCAUCUGGUUCUUCCAAGAAAGAACAUCACAUUCGUAUAAGUCCUUACCUGUCUUAUAUCAGCGGAGGAUUAGCCGGAGCUGCAGCUACUGUUGGAUCAUAUCCAUUUGAUCUUCUAAGAACCAUUUUGGCUUCCCAGGGUGAGCCAAAGGUGUAUUUGAACAUGAGGUCUGCAUUAGUCGAUGUAAUCAGAACUCGUGGCUUUCAAGGGUUGUAUGCUGGAUUGUCAACUACUUUGGUUGAGAUUGUUCCUUAUGCUGGGAUGCAGUUUGGAACCUAUGAUACAUUCAAGCGCUGGACCAUGGGAUCGUCCCAUGUACGAAUAUGUCCAAUAUAG